AUGGGUCGUGUGAUCCGCAAUCAGAGAAAGGGACGUGGAUCCAUCUUCACGGCCCACACCCGUCUCAACAAGGCUCCCGCCCAGUUCCGUACGCUCGACUACGCUGAGCGUCAUGGAUACACUCGUGGUGUCGUGAAGGAGAUCGUCCACGAUGCCGGCCGUGGUGCUCCCCUCGCCAAGGUCCAGUUCCGUCACCCCUACAAGUUCAAGCAGGUCACCGAGACCUUCAUUGCCAACGAGGGCAUGUACACUGGCCAGUUCAUCUACGCCGGAAAGAACGCCACUCUGACCGUCGGCAACGUCCUCCCUCUCGCCUCCGUUCCCGAAGGUACCGUCAUCACCAACGUCGAGGAGAAGUCUGGUGACCGUGGUGCUCUCGGCCGUACCUCCGGCAACUACGUUACCGUCAUCGGCCAGAACCCUGAGGACGGCAAGACCCGUAUCAAGCUGCCCUCCGGUGCCAAGAAGGUUGUGAAGAACACCUCGCGUGGUAUGGUUGGUAUCGUUGCCGGUGGUGGUCGUACCGACAAGCCUUUGCUCAAGGCUUCUCGCGCCAAGCACAAGUUCGCUGUCAAGCGCAACUCGUGGCCCAAGACCCGUGGUGUUGCCAUGAACCCCGUGGAUCACCCUCACGGUGGUGGUAACCACCAGCACAUUGGUAAGGCCUCUACCAUGUCCCGGUACGCUGCUCGUGGUCAAAAGGCCGGUCUUAUUGCUGCCCGGAGAACCGGUCUGCUCCGUGGUACCCAGAAGACCAAGGAGUAA